AUGGCAUUUGUUUGUAUGUCGAAAACUCCCAAUCGUACAAGUGAGGAAGUUAACAUUUCUGUAAACAACGAACAUUGUUCCGGUGCAGAUAAUUAUUCAAGGAACCAAAAUUUUGAAGGAGAAUUCGAAUGGAGUGCCACGUUACAAUCGAACAUGUUGGCCGGGUACUUUUAUGGAUAUAUUAUGUCUAAUAUUCUGGGUGGUUUAUUGGCUGAUAAAUACGGUGGGAAAAGAGUUGUGGCGGGUUCACUAAUCUUAGCCUCUCUUCUGUCUGUUCUUCACCCAAGUUUAUCCCGAAUUAGUGGUUACAUUACGCUUGUUCUUAGAAUUUUAACAGGUAUGGUAUCUGGACCUAUAUACCCAGCAAUUCAUUCCCUAUUUAGACGUACAUUCGUAGGCCAUUCAGUAUCAGGUUUUCUUUCUGUUUAUGGCUUUGAUAAUGGAUGGGGUUCCAUAUUCUAUGUAUUUGGUGGAUUAUCGUUGUUGUUUAGCUGUGUAUGGUUUUAUGUGGUUUAUGAUAAUCCGGACACCCACCCGACUAUCAGCGAUGAAGAACGUUCUUAUCUAAAUACAACCGUAACAAGCAAAAAGGCAGUUAAGAAUGUACCAUGGAAAAAAUUAUUUUCUUCACCUGCAGUUUGGGCAAUUAACUUCGCUAAAUGUGACCAAACCAUUCUAAUAAGUUUUCUCUUAUUUCUCUGUGGUGUAACAAUGUCAUUUGUUUGCGGUGGUGUUCACGUGAAUAACAAAGACAUUGCUCCGAAAUAUGCGGGUACUGUAUAUGGAAUUGCAAACAGUUUCGGAACAAUAGCCAGCAGCAUUUGUCCCUUAUCUACGAAGGCCUUAACACCAAACGGCACUAAAGAAGAAUGGCAGAUUGUGUUUGCAUUGUUGGCUGCCAUAUGUGUAUCUGGAGCAAUCUUGUAUUCAAUAUUAGCCAGAGGAGAAAUACAAGAUUGGGCAAGUUCAGAAGAGCCUGGAUCUUCCGUUAAUCAUAGCGACACACAAACAAAUAAAAUUGCUUAG